CACUCCGCCGGCCUCAGGUGGGGCUGCCCGUCCCUUUGCUAGUCCCAGCCGCGGCAGGCUACGUUUACCUCACAGCUUCUCCCAGACCGAAGCGCCACAAAGUUUUGACAUUUUGGCAGCGGAGACGCGCACUCGCUCUCUCCCGCUGACAGCUGAGGCGGCGGCCGACUCUCGCGGGCCGCUCAGCCCCAAGUCCUAGGCGCUCCCGCCGCCCGGAGUCCGGCGGCCACGAGGCCCCGCCGCGUCCUCCCGCGCUCGCCCUCCCGGAGGCUGCAGCCAUGUCUCGGGGGCCGGAGGAGGUGAACCGGCUCACGGAGAACACGUACCGGAAUGUUAUGGAACAAUUCAAUCCUGGACUACGAAACUUAAUAAACCUAGGAAAAAAUUAUGAAAAAGCAGUGAAUGCUAUGAUCCUGGCAGGAAAAGCCUACUACGACGGAGUGGCCAAGAUUGGUGAAAUUGCCACUGGGUCUCCUGUGUCAACGGAGCUAGGUCAUGUUCUUAUAGAGAUUUCCAGCACCCACAAGAAACUCAAUGAGACUCUCGAUGAGAACUUCAAAAAAUUCCACAAGGAGAUUAUCCAUGAGCUGGAGAGGAAGACAGAGCUGGAUGUGAAGUACAUGAACGCUACUCUUAAAAGAUAUCAAGCAGAACACAAGAAUAAAUUAGAUUCUUUGGAGAAAUCUCAGGCGGAGUUGAAGAAGAUCAGAAGAAAAAGUCAAGGUGGACGAAAUGCACUCAAAUAUGAACACAAAGAAAUUGAGUAUGUGGAGACUGUUACAUCUCGCCAGAGUGAAAUCCAGAAGUUCAUCGCAGAUGGCUGCAAAGAAGCGCUGCUUGAGGAGAAAAGGCGCUUCUGCUUCCUGGUGGACAAGCACUGUAGCUUUGCCAAUCACAUACACUAUUAUCACCUGCAGUCUGCAGAAUUACUUAAUUCCAAGCUGCCCCGGUGGCAGGAAACCUGUUGUGAUGCCACAAAAGUCCCAGAGAAAAUUAUGAACAUGAUAGACGAGAUAAAGACGCCCAUCUCUACCCCAGUGUCCGGGACACCACAGCCAUCACCCAUGAUCGAGAGAAGCAAGAUGAUUGGGAAAGAUUAUGACACCCUUUCUAAACACUCACCAAAGAUGCCCCCUGCUCCUGCAGUCAAAGCCUAUACCAGCCCUUUGAUUGAUAUGUUCAAUAACCCAGCCACAGAUGUACAGAGCUCAGAAAAAACAAACAACUCCACGGCAAACACUGGGGAAGAUCCCAGUUUACAGCGAUCGGUUUCUGUUGCAACUGGGCUGAACAUGAUGAAGAAGCAGAAAGUGAAGACCAUCUUCCCUCAUACUGCUGGCAACAAUAAGACCUUACUGAGCUUUGCCCAAGGGGAUGUCAUCACCCUGCUCAUCCCCGAGGAGAAGGAUGGCUGGCUCUACGGGGAGCAUGACACCACCAAAGCGAGGGGCUGGUUCCCAUCGUCAUAUACCAAGUUGCUGGAAGAAAGUAUGAAGGAAGCAGUGUCUGUCCCUGCACCGAGCCCUGCACCAGUGAGAAGCAUCAGCACCGUGGAUCUGACUGAGAAGAGCAGUGUUGUCAUCCCACCUCCCGACUACCUAGAGUGCCUGUCCACGGGAGCCACCUCAGACAAGAGGCCAGAUGCUCCCAAGAUGCCUUCUACUUCUACCUUCAAAGCCCCAGUGUCCAGACCAGAUGCCACAUCCACAUCUCCUAGUGAUACAAAUGGGACCGCAAAGCCGCCAUUCCUCAGUGGAGAAAACCCCUUUGCCACCGUGAAACUCCGGCCGACAGUGACAAAUGACCGAUCAGCACCGAUCAUCCGAUGAAGACAGAGGCCAGUGCAGCCUGUAUCUCACCUGCAGGGCGAUAGGUAUACGUUGCUGGACAAGUGCAGGCCCAGUCAAAGCUCGCAAAGAGUGCCUGAUUUCAAUGAACCCCCAUUUGAGCAAAUCAAUAUAUUUUCUCAGUUUAAUAGAGCUGGGUUUACACAUUUUUGUCUUUAAGUUAAAUGAGUAGCUUAGUGAAUAAAUCAAUCAUGUGAAAAGUUUUCUUUUCUAUUCAAAAAAACAGUAAAUUUGGUUCAAGUUCUUUUUAAUUUUCAAGGAAAUAGCCAGAAUAAGGGAUAGUCGGUGUAUGCUUUUGUGCCUGGCUUUCUGUAGCUGAAUGCAAGUAAGACCAGAGUUUUAUUUUAUAAAGCCUGUGUUCUUAAGUAGCAUUAUGAUGUGUUCAAAUAAAGAAAAUAUUAUGUAAGUUUGCAUCAGAGCAUGCAAGUCCAGUAAGAAAUGUAAAGUAUGAAACUAUAUUAAAUAUAAUUUUUUAAAUGACCUAAUUUUGACCUUUUGAUUAAACAAGCAGAACUCCAACCUCAUUGACAGGCAUUGCUGCAGUGCUGAGACAGUUGGCCUGCUUCUUUGGCACUUGUAAAACUAUCUCCAGGAGCUACUGAAUUCAGUGUUACAAAGGUUGCCAGCAGGGGUCUCAACACAUCUAAGGGCUCUGCACAAACCAGGUGACCAAAACCCCAUCACCAGGAGGUGACACCUCCUGAAGCUCAUUUUUAAAUCAGCUACUGGCUGUAAAUAGCAAUUCUGAAGCCUGGUGGGCAGGAGGGGUGGGCCUGCCAUUCCAGCCUAACACUGUCCCACACUUCUGGCUGAGACCAGCAUCUGCUCAGGCCACUGCACAGAGCCUGGAGCCAGAGAUCAGUCUGCCCCUACCUGCCCAAGAUAGGGAACAGAACAGUUACUUGUUGAUAGAAGCUUGUUGCUUAUCAGUUUCUUAGGUCUCACCAGAGAAAUCAUUUUUCCCUAAGUUGCAAACUGGUCAGGGUCUGUGUACAGGAAACGCCUUUCCAGCCGGGCCAAGCAGUGGCAGGCUCACAUGGGAGGACAAACCUGAUGGCCCCAUCAAGGGCAACUUAGUGCAGGCCUGUCCAUGCCAACACCCUUCCUAGAUUACAAAGUCUGGGUCAUGCUGUGUAGGGCUGCUGUAUCACUGUGUUAGGCAGGUAUCCUGGCCUGGUGGGGGAAAGGGCCAUAGUUCAAAUACAGUCUCUGUUCUCCCUGUGACCAACCUA